CCUUAGUUCUAGGUUGCUAUUUUUGAAUGCUUCUUUGAAAUAGUGUAAUACAAGUUAUAUAAAUUUUUGAUAAUCCCUGAUACCAAAUAUAUUAGAGGAAUAUAUUAAGGUCAUUUAAAGGGGACUACCCUGCAAAAGCCUGCAAGGGUUUCUGUAGUCCUCCUCCAUUUGUUAAUAAUAACUAGUUUAAUGACAUGUAUUGACCUAAAUGGAUAUAAACUUGAUUGAUUGAUUGAUGUGGCCUCGUCACUGAUGUGCCAGCCUAUUUAUAUUCAUUUAUUUCCCUAUUUGUCAAAUAGAGUUGAGUCAUGAGUUUUGUCGUGACGUCGGGAGAUAAUCGCUUGGGGCGCACGUCACUUGAUUUUUUCUAUUCAUUUUUACGGUGUAAGGAAAAGACCAGCGUCAUCAGUCAAGGUCACUGUAUUGAUUAAUUUCCUUUUCUCAAAAAGAAAUUCAUUCCCAACGUCACGAGUUUCCCCCGAAGCUUGGUAACCAGGCUAUCUGUCAAGAGUUUUCCCAGAUUCCUUGUAACCAGGCCAUGACACUAAAACACGAGCGAAGUCGCACGUAAAGCGACCACACGAUGUUACGCACUAUUGUGGACUGAUCAAAUUUGUUUCAUGAGUUCUAGCCGAAGAAUGUCAACUCAAGUAAAAGAAGGAAUUAGCAAAGGUUCUGGAGAACCUGUUAAAGUAGCAGCCAAAAAACACAGAUGGUACCUCGGAGGUAUUGCCUCAGCAAUGGCUGCCUGCUGCACGCAUCCAUUGGAUCUGUUGAAGGUACUAAGCAUCCUUUUGACUAGAUGUUGAGACGCCUAUUUAACCCGUGCCAUUAUCGGUUUUAAUACAAUGUGAGCUCUGAAAAAAAUGCGGCAAUUUUUUGGUCCUGUAUUUAUUUUGUUUUAAUAUAUUUUUCGUGGGGAGGGGGUCGGGGGGUCCCGUCGUUUAAGUUUUCAAUUCAUUCGUUUCAGAUCGAUGUACUGGCUCAGACGUCAUUUGUUUAUGUUGAAAAUCAUAGGAGCUGAACCGUUGUUUAGUUUUGUAAGUGACCCAGCCUGAAUCGCUCCUUGUUUCUUAAAGUGAAACCGUCCAAAUGGAAAAUAAUUAGAAUCAAGGCAAUCCUUUGUUCUACUUGUCCCGGCUACCAAAACCUCACCGUUUAGAUAUCCGGCAACAGCCGUGGAUCCUUGUUGUUGUUUAGGCAAAUAUUUUAGAUAUUUCAAUCAGUGUCUUUUUUUUCAGUGUGUUUUAUUUAGGCGUGAGAUAAGGAAUGAGUACAUGUGCGCUUCUCCCGAAGGUGUUUAGUCUUGAUGGGGUCGUGAAUAUUCACGUUAUAAUUAUCUUACUCACUCGCGAUCGUAUGCAAAUUUCAGUUUAUCUCCAUUUUGUCAAAGUUUAAAUUUUAUUCUAAUUACAUAUUUGCACCCCAUUUUGAUAAAAAUUUUAAGUGUGGCAAAUUCCUUUUGAACUACAUGACUACUACGAUGUUAAAUAAAUUAUGUAUUUAUGAUCAUGUAAGUUUGUCAAGUUGUUGCCUAAAGGGUUUUUGUUAGGACAAGCAGGGGGGGGGGGGGGGACGGAGGUCUUCUUACAAAGGUAUCGUAAAGUUUCGAGUGCUUUUAAGCAACUUUUGAAAACCUCUCUGUAGAAGUAAUAAUUAUUGAACAUAGUUCAUUUAGUUUUGUUAAAGCACUGAGAUUUCUUUUCCUUAAAAACCUUCUAUUACAAUUAUUAUUGAUUUGAAACUAACAAUCCCUGAAAGUUAUAACAAUACCUUCAAUAUUAGACCCACAAUUGACUAUUUUUCCUUUUAUUCAUUACAAAUGAAAAUUCAAAAAGAAGAAACUGAAGGAAAAGCUGUAAAGGAGAAACUGAAGAAAAAAUUAUGUGCAUCUAUGCUUUUCUUUCAUUUUCAGUUUCUUUCUGUUCUUUUAUUGUAAAUGUUCUACACCCAAAGAAAAAGAGCAGUGGCUUGAUAUAAAAACACGUUUUACCAGAAAUUUCAUUCUUUAGUUUUAGUUUCAGUAAAUAGGUUAUCUGUAGUUGUCUUUCUAGCAUUCCCACAUUUGUACUGUAAUUAGAGGGAAAAGAUGUGUUCUAACUACAUAAUUAUUUUGACCGUCAUGUAUGUGUAUGAAAUGUUGUAACAGUUUUUGACCUCAGAAAAUAAUAAACCCCAAAAGUAACAGUCUCCAAAAGAAGCUACUAACUCCUAAAGGCUGCAUAACUAUUCCAAGUGUAACAAGGGUCAUUACCUUUCAAGUAGUUUCCCUGAAAAAACAUUUUGCAAAUAAUUGAUAUUAAGAGUAACAGAUGAACCAAAAGCCUCCUUGUAUGUUCACCUGUAUGUACAUGUACCUUUACCCCGUGAGGUUAACCUGGGAAUUGCCCUCAGCUACAAUUAUGCAACAAUCAGACUUGGACAUGAGGUUUUAUAAAUUUGAUAUCUACAUGUAUACACUUCAGCUACCAUAUGGACUAGCAUCCACCAUAUAAAACAUUUACUGAUACCACACUGCAGCUGCAGAUCAUAGUAUUGUGUGGUUCCAGAAAAUAUCCAUACCAUCCCUACAGAAGGGACUUGCUGUAUGACGGCCCUCUCCUCUGGAUUUUCUGAAGUCAGCCCCCAAACUUUUCCCCCCUUUGCCACACACGAAAUGAUGUCUGAGAAACGAAUGCAGAAGUUCCAUACUGAUGACGCGUCAUAGCCAAGAUCUUGGUAGUGCUUCUGAUUGGUCAUACUGCUGGUAAAAUCAGAAGCACUACCCAGAUCUGGGUAGUGAUGCAUCAUCAGUACAGAAUUUCUGUGCUCGCUUCUCAGGUGUCAUUUCACGGGGAAACCUUUGGUGGCAUUGUGAAAUGUUGGCUCUUUUCUCAGGCUAAGCAAAACGGAAAGAUUUUCAUUUCCACAGAACAACUCUGCCAUGACUGACCUUUUGAUUUAUAUUGAUAACACUGCAUCUUGUUUAGUUAUUUUUAAUUCUGAAGAGAGAGAUGUCAUGCUCGAAAAGUUCUGAUGUGACAUUUUAAUGGAACAAGUUCAGGAAGUUGUGGGCUUCAAUUACAAGUUCACUCGGUUAAUUGGCAGCGAAUGAGUCUUAGUAGAUCCUUGAUCAACUAUCACAGUGCCUAAUGGGACACACUGAACCGAUCUUGUUUUUAGUUUCUGAGUUUCUUUGUACUUCUUUAACUUUCCUCAUGUUUUAAAUCUUCGCAAAUAAAUUGUUGAAGUGAAUUUUGUGUCUUUUCUUUGUCACUCUCUUUUGUGUCAUGAGAACCUUCCGGAAAUAUCUCCCUAUGGUGCACCCCCCCCCCCACACUGGAAAAUUAGGCAAAUUAAUCCCCCUCCCCUAGGAAAAUCUGACCCCUUCUGUGGGGGUGUCAUGGAUAUUUUCUGGAAUAAUCUUGGUUUGAAGUUGGCAUGUUAGUUUGAGGGAAUUACAUUUCAAAUUUCUAGUUUGUGCUCCCAUGUGUCAUUAAUUUACAUGUUAAAAAUGUGCUGACAUUAAUUUCCAUUCAAUUAUAAGCCCAUAGGAUCUUGUUGUUACGUAAAUUUCUAAAAAUCUGUGUAUGAAAUAUAACUGUUGAGUAAUAAUUUUAUUAACCCCCUCUUUCGUUUUUUUCCUUGCAUUGUAGGUUCAUUUACAAACACAACAGCAAGCUACUCAUAAUCUGACAUCUAUGGGCAUUCAUGUUGUGCGGACACAGGGGGUUUUGGCUCUAUACAAUGGACUCUCAGCUUCUUUAAUGAGACAGGUAAAAUAAAAGAGUCAACGUCCAUUUUUUCAGAGAUCGGAUACAUUGAAUAACAGCUUUAUGCACUUAAAUCAGAAAACUAAGCAAUGACCAGCGGAUCAUAGGAUUGGGCUGAGGAUAUUUUUGGCCUAUUUAUGUAGUCUUAUUGACAAACCCCAUUGCCUUUUGGUGUACCCUAAAAGUACAUUUUGUACAGUUUAAGUGGUUUCCAAAACAGGAAUACCUACGUACAUCCUGUGCCGUAAAGAAUACAGCCAAUCAGGAAGGUAGAAGCCUGUUGCAUAUUCUGUGGUAUGCAAUGGGUAGUACUUUAGGAAAAGAUCCCAGUGAGCAUUUAGCAAUGGCCUAAACUUUUCAUAACCAUCACCUAUUCUUAGCUAAAAAGGUAAUUCAAGACAUAAUCAAAUAGACUACAAAGGACAAAGAAAUUAAGGAGUUUAUUAGCCAAGGGGAACAAAAACAUGCCAGUUAACCAGAGUUUCGAAGACCGAGGUAAAUCCACAUUGCAAAACAGCAAUUAGCCUAACAGAAAUCCUGUAAGCAUACAACAGUUGUCUUUCCAUUACACAAUGCAGAAAUAGAAUACAGAGGUGUCAUGUACAGAAAAUUAAUAUAGUAUUAAAAGUGACUUUCUUCGAGGCUACCUGUGAUAUCGAGGUUAUGUGGUAAUGAUGAUUGGUUAAUCCUUCUGCUUCCGACUCCGACAAACUGGUUUUCACUAUAUCAUAAGCGGAACGUAAGCCAUGGAGUCGUAAGCGGAGUCGGAAGAAAUGGAAAUGCUCUGAUUUUUCUGACUCCAAUUCCGUCGCGCUUAUGAUUCCGCUUAUGACUCCGAUUUUUUAUUUUCACUAGGUUAUAAUCACUCUUAUGACUCCACUUACGACUCUGUCACUAGUGAAAACCACCCUUUAUGGCAAUGCUUUCUCAUGCUACACUUUAUGCCUUAAAUAUCCCACUUGUGACUUGAUUUUUCUUUGUUGAUACAUGUACUCUUCUAAACCAUGUGCAUACAUGUUCUAAAAAAUUUAAGGUCACACCCUUGAGUAGUAUACCAUAAAAUAUCCCAUGAGAGACUUGAAUUUUUUUUAGUACAUGUAAGUUCAUCAUAUGUAUUAACAGCCUUAUGAAGUUUCUAACAUAUUUUUGUCAUAAAUUCAUAUCAGCUAACAUAUUCCACUACACGUUAUGGAUUAUAUGAAGUGGUUUCAGCAGAACUAAAGAAGACAAAUGGUAAGGAAAGCCUCUUGUUAGUCCAAGUUAAAAGUUCACAGCCUUUCCCCCAGACCUAAAUGUACAGUAUCUUACCUCUAUCGAUCUCCCCCUUAAGCCCCCUAAUUGUAAAGGAGGAACCACCAAAUCCCAUGCUAUCAGCAAUAUGCUUUUUGUACAAGAAAGACAUUGUCUAACUGUGCUCUGUGUAUUACUUAAGUUUAGUUUAAUUCAUAACACUUAUGCUAAUUUUUUAUGGUAAGUCAAUAUUGACAGUCAUGUAGUAGGUUGUAAUGUCUCUUGUUUCUUUAAUUAAUUAUUAGACCCACUGCCAUUCUACCAAAAAAUAUGCAUUGGAGCAGUGGCUGGUGAGUGGAUUAUUGCUUUUUCAAAGUCAAUUCAUUGAGAGUUGUAGGUCCACAUGGGGUUAGAAAUGUUGAUUCAUAAGGAUACUUUUUUUGUUGCUGACUUAUGGUUAGGGUAUCUAGUAUGCCGUUUAGACAACAAAAGGAAAGUAAGUUGAGAUUAUUUUAACCCAAGUUUCAUUUUGAAGUUUGUCAUACAUUUUUUAUACAUGUAAAGUAACCAUAAAAUACUGUUAUUGUAAUGCAUACAUUGUAUGUAAACAGUCAGAGCCUCCUUGACUUGCAAUAUUGAUAGAGGCAUUGCCACGCCCUGGGUGUCUAUUUCAUUUUAGGGGUCCAAGCGGGGGCUUGGACUUGGACUAAUUAUUAUUCAUGAAUUAGGGCUAGGAGACAAAGGAAAUUGAGAAUCAACCUAGGUUAUAAAAUUUUAACCUGAAUUUGAUUUUGACCGCCAACAGUGACGACAGAAUCCUUGCUGAGGGGUAUUGCAUUACCAUAGUUAGUCUAUCCUUACUUUGAACUUGACACUAAACAAGAUGAAAUAUGCAAAGCCUUGUUAAUCAAGUAGGAGACUGAAUGAAUUAACAGUGUAGAGAGGGUGUUUAUUAGAUAAGAGGCCUUUAUUUGGAAGUGGGCAUUUAUUAGGUCAUUUAUGGUAUUUUCAAGCUCCUCUACGAGGCAGAAUUUUGUGAUUGUUGUAUUUUUUUCUUUGUUUCAGGAUUUUUAGGUGGAAUUGUUGGAAAUCCUGCAGAUAUGGUUAAUGUGAGGUGAGGAUAUCCCAAAAUGUACUCUACGAGGGCAUAAAAUAUUAACAUUUCCAAUUGGCACACAGCUUUACUUGAACGGAACUUGGCCAAUAAUAUCUGCAGAUGAGCUAGAAAAAAAUCCCUCCUCAAAAGAAACCUCAUCUAGUCCAAAUUCUGUCAGAAAAGUAUUCUGCAUUUAUUCAGUACACCUUUAUUUGGGAUGUUAUAACCUUGUCUUGUUAAUUUAUUAACUAGUUGUGUGUUAAAAUUAUGUUUGUUAACAGCCCUCUUUGGCAAAUUUUAUGUGGGAUUUGGAUUGGCACUGUCAGCAGUACAUGUAAAAGUUAUUAUUGUUGAAAUUAAUGUUGGCAUUCUACUUUUAUCGUUGAGUCUUUUUUGUGCUUACUGGCUUUAUAGCCAAAAAGCAUUAUGUCAGUGUCUGUGUAAGUCUAUCUGUCCAUCCUUCAGUAAGACGGUAUUUCUGUUGUCCUGUUAGUGCAAAGCGUUAACGCUAUAACCUUUGGAGCCGAAGGCGCUGGAUUUGAUACCCACUAUCACCCUUUUUUUUCCUGAUGAAUUCUAUGGGUUUUCUUUUUUCUUGAAGCCUAAUAAUUUAAUUAUGUAAAGAAUUUAGUAACUUACAGUUAAUUGAGAUCCGGGGUUUCGAUUGAUACUGAAUUGCAUGGGCUCAGUUUCGAUCAAUACUCAAUUGUGUCUUUCCUUUUGAGGACUUUACCAAUUGUUUUUUGCUUAAAAAAAAAAAAAACAAGGUACACACUGAAACAAACUAUUAAAUAAAUAAAAUUUGCAUGUUUUGAAUUAAAUGAACUUGUAGCACACAGCUUUAACAUUUUUCACUUUAACCUCUGAAGCAGAGCUUUUGGGCUCAGUGCCAGUACCCGGCAUCACCCAUAUUUUCUUCAAUGUAUUUAAUAGAUUCUUUUCUUCUUUUUUUGUUUUCGUUUUUAUGGUUACUGCAGUGAAGACUAUUCAUAGCCAUGCAGUAAGCACAUGUCCUCUCAGGGGACUAUUUUCUGACACGUCAUACAUGCCAGGUCAAUCAACUCAUCAUUUUAACUUUUUGCAGGAUGCAAAAUGAUGUCAAAACUAUUGAUGUUGCUAAACGAAGAAAGUAAGUCAAAACAGUGUUUUCAAGAAACUUAAAUAUUAUACAGUCACUAAGAAUUCGAUGACCAGGCCCCAGGGGGGGUACUCGGGAUUUCAAGUGACGGGGAUGAUCGAAUGGAGCCAAAAUUCAAGACCCAAAAAAAUCCCUGGACCAAAAAUUAACCCCAAAAAAAUCCCAUGCCAAUUUUGUGGCCCUUGAAAGUUCCAGAAAGGGUAAUGCUAUAACACAAAGAAAAACAUUGGAAAUUGAACACUCGUGUUUUUUUAUUCAUCAUACCAUCUCAAUAUAUCCUUUCCCUCAUCUGGCAGUCAUUUUAACAAGCUAGAGCGGGUGCUAGAGACACCCAAGAACGGUUUUGUUUCAACAGUAACGUUAUGAAUAACUCUAAACAAGACCAACUCGGGUAAGAACAAAACAAAUGACUUUACUACUCAAAUCAAGCUACCCAAAAAAAUACUUGCCAAAUUUUCGUACCCAAAAAAAUCCCGGAAUCGAAAAUUUCAAACCCAAAAAAAUCCUUUGAUCAUCCCCGUCACUUGAAAUCCUGAGUACCCCUCCUGGGGACCAGGCCUCAGUUGUUCAAAAGGUGGAUAGUACAAUAAUACCAUCCAGUGAAUAAAUGGAAAUGAUUUCCCUAAAGCUUAUCCACUGGAUUAAACAGUAAAUUAUAUUUAUCCAUUGGAUAGUGUGCGAUCCAGUGUUUGAACUACUGGGGUCAAAUAAACACGUGCUCCCCUUGAAUAAGUGCAAAAAUAGUGUUAAGCACCACACCCAGCUUGCCUACAAUGUAGUGCCAGUGUUGAAUUUAAUAUUCUUUUUGACAUUACUUCAUUAUUGGUGAUUGGCUUCUUUCUCUUUUCUCAUAGUCUUUGAGAAAAACAAAGAAAAAAAUUACAAAUUACAGUGUUAUUUGCAAAUGAGAAAAUUUAUAAAAGCUCUGCAGCCCUCCAAUAAACUUUACACUGAGAGGUGUGAUAAUAUCUGAUAUGUGCCAGGGCUGUAACUUGUCAAUGAGUAUAUCUCAUGGUAUGCUUAACCCUUUAGGCCCCAAUAUCCACAUAUAAAUUCUCCAUAUUGAUCGUCAUACAUUUCUUUAAAGAAUUAGUUGAGAGAGCUUGAUAACAGAUCAAAGCAUUUCCUCUUUACUGGUCAUUUUAUUAACUGUCGUAACCAUUUCUCUUGGCAACAUAUGGAUACUGUCAGGAGAAACUUGAUGUUGGUCACUAUUGGGACUUGCAGGGUUAACAGUUAGCUUUUGUAUCUUUACAGCUAUAAACAUGUUUUUGACGGUCUCUACCGAACAGCAACAGAAGGUAUAUUAAAUUACAUAUAUUUAUUUUGUGUCUUACAAAUAAUGCAUCUUUGCGGGCUGUACAAUUUGCAGUUAAUAAUACUUAAUGCAUAAAGGUUGCAAAAUAUAUGAAUGUUAAUGUUCAUUUUUAUAAAAUAAUUUAAUAAAUCAUUUGUUUUUCUUUACCAUAAAACAGAGGGCGUGACCACAUGGAUGAGGGGUGUCACUAUGACCUCAUCGAGGGCCCUUCUUAUGACAGUGGCUCAGGUACACUGUAAGCUUAGUUAUGACGUCUUUUUGCCAUAUUUGACAGUAGCUCAAUAGAAUAAUAUUAUCGAUCAGCAACUUAGUGUCUUAAUCAAAGGGGUCUGUGUUUCAUGGCAUAUGAGUUUCUAAUAUAAUGAUAUUUAAAAAAAUAUCCCUCCCAUGGUAGCAAAACUGGUGUUUCUGAAUUUUGACCAGGAGAAGUGUUGAGGUUUUUUUAGUAAAUGAAAUACUGUAAAAUCACAUGUUAAAGCCCUGGGCUCAUAUAACUUCAUAAGGGUUUUUGGGUGGGCUUAUAAAUGGGGGGCUUAUUUCCAGGGGUAGGCAGGGGGGCAUAUACGUGGAAUAAAAAAAGUGUUUUGGAACAAUGAGAUAAAACGUUUCUGUGAAACAAAUAAUAUUAAAGUAAACAUACCAUUACAUUUAAAGUUACAUUCAUAAUACAUUAAUGUGUCACAAUAAAUGGAUAAUGUAUUUCAAAAACAUCUAUAAAGCAGUUAUGUGACUGGAAAAACUGGGACCAAACAGAACAAAAGUUAAAAAAAAAAUAAAAGCCUUAGCAUUAUCAAUUUGUCUGUUUGCUGUGAAAUGGUCCUCUCGUAGCUUUAACAAAGUUCAUAUUUGUAUUUCAAUGCUCAGAACAAUUUCAUAGUUUCAUGUUCCAGUUCAAGUGGCAACUGAGUUGAACAGUUGUGUUGGAAAUGAACAGUGAAACAGAACUCGUAGCAUUGUUAUUAUACGCAUGAACAUUUGUUUCUUUCUUCGGUAUCAAUUUGAUUAUUGUUCUAAACUCCACAGCCACUUGUUUAUGCCUAUGACUUUAGAUUAAAAAUUUUGAUGUUUGUAUAGAAACGCAAAAGGAACAUACUUAUAAUAAUACAUGGGCUUAUAUCUGGAAAAUCUUUGUUACCAAAUGGAUGGGCUUAUAUUGGGGGUGGGGGGGCUUUAACAUGGGAUUUUACGGUAAAUGAGAUAUAAUGUUUAAUGUUCCAUGAAAAAUAAAAUGGAAAUUAUUUGAAAUUGGUCUCUUCUAACAGGUGGCUUGCUAUGACCAAGCAAAACAACUUUUGCUUGCAACAGGGUGAGUUAUUUGUUCUUUACAUGUCUAUUGGAUCAUAGCCUGUUGCAGGCUGCAAGAGAGUGGGGAAAGUUGAUCUGAAAACGUUACGUGAAAACCACUUGGGGGCUGGGGUGAGACAGAGAAGUGGAGCCUGUAAGCAUUAUUUUCACCUCAUUCGAGUAUACCAGCUUCAUGGCUGUACCUAGGAUUGGUCAAUAGUAUUAUUGUGACAGUUUACCUCAAUCAUUUGGCCUCAGGCAUGCCUAACAAACAUUUUGAGCAUAUGAAACCCUACACUGCAACUUUUGAUGUUUUGACAUUUAACAUUGCGGUUUUCAGGAAGUGGGUGGGGUAGUGGUUACAGGCUUUCCCCAUCUUUUUUUGCUUGUUCGCUUUUUUCAUUUGUCUACACUGACUGAGAGCGUGGCUUAAUUGGCUAAUUGAAUCAUUAUUGUCACUCUAAGGUGUUCAAUGUCCAAAUUUGAGUCAGGUCAAGAGUAGAUAACUCAAGAAUUUAAAGGAAACCUUGAUUGCUUAAUUUGCAUUUAUACAUUGUCACUACAUCCAGCUGUACAUAUUAUUAUUAUUAUUUUUUAAUUGUCAUUUGCAGGGUUUUUAAAGAUAACAUUAUCACACACUUUACUGCAAGUUUUAUAGCGGUAAGAUAUGUUUUGCUGUGUGUUUUUUCCUACAAUUUUCAAUUGUUUUUUGAUCAACAAGCACAUUUCAUAUAACGUAAUCACAAAUUAUUGACUUCUGUUUAAGAUGCACUUUGUUAUGUAGUAACAGUUUAAUUUUAAUUGCCCUGUUCCCGUGUUUCAUAUCAAGCUGCCUUCUUCAAGUUGUAAUAGCUGGGAGAAGUAAGAUAAUUAAUUAAAUUAAGAAAUGCUUUGUACUUGAUGCAAUUUACACAACUGCUAACAGGAAACACUCAUUAUUAAAAAUCAUUGAAACUAUGUCAAUGUUUGUUUAGGGUACAAUUGCCACUGGAAUCACACAACCUGUUGAUGUAAUGAAAACAAGACUCAUGGAAGCCAAGCCAGGCCAGUACAAGGUAAAACUAGUACCUCUCUUCACUGGCUGUAUUAAACUUACAGUAAUUGCAGCACUCCCCUACAAAACAUAGUGGAACAUUUAAAAAAAUAAUGCUACUUUUCACCGUUGUUACAAUACCAACUCUAGAAUAGCUGUUGUCUCUUACAAUGUUAUUAAUGAAUGCAUUUUCCGGGUGUUUUAGCACUGCAUGUAUUUUUAUAAUUCAAAGGAAUUCAAAUGUUUAGAUUGGAGCUAAAAAUAAGUACUUUCAAGUCUUCAAAUUCUGGAGUUUUCACGAGAGUUGCGUUUUAAUGAAAAAUUGUAUUUUUUAUUUUAGCAUUAUUUUCCUUUGUUGUAAACCGGUCAUCAUACAUUAUCAUUCCCAAGAACAAAAGUUUGAUGUUCAAAAACAUUAUUUUUCAAAGUACAUGCAAGUUUAUCGUACAGCUGAUUUCCUUUUUUUCUUUCAGAGUGUGGCUCAUUGUGUUCUUUACACAGCAAAGCUUGGACCUAUGGGCUUUUAUAAGGUUGCUAUUAUCUUAAUGUGAACAAAUGUAUAAUAACUUCGUAGAGGAAGACCACUACAAAUAAUGCCAAUGCAUACGUUGAAUUUUCCACCAGUAUCUUAUCUUUUAGCAUAGUUAAAAUACAAAUCAGUCAGCCCAAAGAGGACUGCAGUUGAAUAUUAUUGGCAGCUACUUCAAUAUUGUUCUGAACUCAGGCUUUUUCUCAUUAGGAAAAAGGUAGUGUUGCUAAGUUGAUAAGACUUACUGUUUAUUUUUUCUAGUUUUUUUCUAGUUCUAGUUUUUUAUUCUCAUGCAAUUAAAAUUCAUUUUCACAAGAAAGGUUUUUGUACUUAGCCUCGUUUUGACAAGAGAGGUUUUGGAACUCGGAAUUGGCCUAUUGACUUGAGGGUUGUAGGAAAAUCCUAUCUCAGUUUGAGACAGGGAAAGAGGAGGGAUGGCCUUGGGCAAUUUUAAUGAGUGAUAAAAUAUCCGACAUUAUUGAUAAUUUUUAAGCAGUCUCUUGUGGAGCAUGAUUUUAAGACUUAAGUGACUUUAUUCCUGAAAUGAAAUAAAAAUGAAUGAAAGAAGAGGUGUUAUGUACUUAAUAACCACUAAGAACUGUUUUUUUUCCCUUUUUUUUCAGGGUUUUGUUCCAGCAUGGGUCCGUUUAGCACCUCAUACAAUUCUAACAUGGAUCUUCCUAGAGCAGCUUAGAGUUUUUUUUCCUAUUAAACAGCAAGAGUGA